GGGGAGGCUAUUGCCAAUCGCCUAGUCGAGGUCUUCGAGCAAGAGCUACUAUUCCAGCCCCCCGGUUCGCAGUGGGACGCGGUUGGGCGGGCCGCGAUGCAUAAGACCAUCUCGUUUUUCACAGCGCGUCAGCUCCCCUUCGUAAUGUGUCUACCCGCCUUUCCCUGCAAAUCAUCGAACCUCAACAAGGUGGGCGGCGUGGGCCCGGACCGGGGCGAGGAGCUGGCUCUGCGUCGGCUGCACCGGGUGCUGGGUCGUUUGCAGGACAUAUACGAGCCUGGGGCAUAUCUCUGCAUUAUCAGUGACGGCCACGUCUUCAGCGACUGCAACCAGUACGGCGUGCAGCUACACAACCUGAACCGCGCCAUCGGCGACAGCGACUCUAAACGCAUCAGCUUUUUGUCUCUACCCGACCUGCUGGAAGGUGGACAGGCGGGCCAUAACCUAAACCUCCCAGCAGUGCCACAUCACAUCCGUACCAAAUUGACUGACGAGUCCGAGCUCUGCCGGCAGAUGUUGAUGCACAUGUGCGGAUCCAACUCCGACAGCCUGCGCAAGCAGAUCCUCAACCAGGAUACGGGCGUGCUGGCGCUGUACCGGGGGUUCGCGCGGUUCAUGCUCGAAGACCUGGAGGAGCACGCGGCCGCGGUGGCGCUCUCGCGCUCGCAGCGCAAGAAACUGUCUGAGAAGCUGGCCUUCGAGAUGAUCCUGCGCAACCAGGCCUACUCGAACAUGACGGAGAUGUUCCUGCCGCAUUUCCUGCGGCUGUCCAUCCACUCCCACCCGAACAGCGGGCCCAAGUUUGGGAUCUGCCUCUUCGACCGCGCCACGACCCGCGUGGUCAGCCGGAUCAACGAGCUCGCCAGCCUCGGGGAGUUCGGCGACGCCUCUCCGCACCUGCUCCACAUCCCCACGCCCUGGCAUAACUGCGUAUUUCAGAUCGCGGGGCACGAGGGGAUAUUCGUAACGAAAACCAAGGUCGUCCGUGAGGGCCUGUCAAGCGGUCAGGUGCGCGGGGAAUGGGUCACUGGCGAUGCGGCGGCCGGCCAGGGGGGUUACUUUGCGCUC